AUGCCGCAUUCACCGCCGCCCCUCACUCACUGUCACGUCGGCGCUCAUGAUCUUCAACUGACUCCCGCGCAGCCACAACGCCCUCGCGCGCUCCGCGUGCAUGACGAGAACAUGCCCCCACCAGCCACACACAUCACUGGCAUGCCAGGUAAGACACUUCAUCAUCGCACCAAAUCCACUCCUGCCCUAUCAUCACUCUUGCAAGCGGGCGCGGUGAAGGCGGCGAAUAAGAAGGUCUUGGGGGAGGUGAAUGCGAAUGUACGCUUGUUGCAGCCGGCAAAGGACGAUUCGGAGGUGGGAAAGGCGUCGCCGGGAAAGCUUAGCAUCCAAGAGUCGGUGCUCCCAGUCAACACGGCUGCCUUCUCGCGGCCAGCCACACGCCCACUUCCGCCCAAGCCAGUCGCGGCCCACAACGUGCCCACGGCGGUGCAAGCUGCAGUGAGCAGACCAACCACUACCACACAGAUGUCUAUCGGCCAGGCAGAGCCUGAGAGAAAGAUUGUUACCAAGAAGAGCACCAAAGUGCUGCGCGACGUGCAAGCACCUGAAGCAUCCACCGCCCACGAUGUGCAGCACCCCGUGUCGACUCUCCCGGCCCACCAGACCACCGAGAGCAUCCCACUCCGCGACGAGCCUGCAGCACGGCCCCAGCCACGCACCUCGCACCCUCCGACCAACCCUCUGCCCGCCGCCUUCACCACCGAGCAAGAGUACCGCCAAUACAUCGACCUCCAGACUGCUCGCUACCAGCAGGCGCAUGAUGUUGCCAACACCGCCGGUGUGCCAGCUCCCUACGUGCUGCCCUCCCAGCCGAUGGACGAGCACUACUUCGAGGUUGAUGAGGUGGACGAGUAUGACGAGCUCAACACCGCGCGCUCCUUUGGCUUGUACGGCGACAGCACUGGCGGAGUGACGACCAUUCUCGGCCCCAAGUACGGUGAUCAGAUCAACCAGGAGCUGCGCGAGGCGAGGGACUACGUCGAGGCCACACGUCCGGCCGAAGACAUUGAAGACGAGCAAUGGGACACAUCAAUGGUGGCGGAGUAUGGCGACGAAAUCUUCGAGUACAUCCGCGAGCUGGAGGUUCGCAUGGCGCCGAAUCCGCGCUACAUGGAGCAACAGACCGAGAUCCAAUGGUCGAUGCGUUCGGUGCUGAUGGACUGGGUGAUUCAAGUGCACCAACGCUUCAACCUGCUGCCGGAGACGCUCUUCCUCACCGUCAACUACAUCGACCGCUUCCUCUCCUGCAAGAUCGUGUCUCUCGGCAAGCUGCAACUCGUCGGCGCCACGGCCAUCUUCGUCGCCGCCAAGUACGAAGAGGUGCAGUGCCCCACCAUCUCCGAGAUCAUCUACAUGGUCGACAACGGCUACUCGGCGGACGAGCUGCUCAAGGCGGAGCGCUUCAUGCUGAGCAUGCUGCAAUUCGAGCUGGGCUGGCCGGGACCGAUGAGCUUCCUGCGCCGCAUCAGCAAAGCCGACGACUACGACCUCGAGACGCGCACGCUGGCCAAGUACUUCCUGGAAGUGACCAUCAUGGACGAGCGCUUCGUCGGCUGCACCCCGAGCUUCCUCGCGGCUGGCGCGCACUGCAUGGCGCGGCUCAUGCUCUACAACGGCGAGUGGAGCAAGGCGCACGUCUACUACUCCAACUAUACCUGGUCGCAGCUGCGUCAGUUGCUCGCGGUCAUCCUGGAGUGCUGCGAGGAUCCGCACAGGCACCACUCGGCGGUGUACGACAAGUAUACCGACAAGAGGUAUCGGCGCGCGUCACCGUAUGUCGAGGGCAAGCUUGCUGCCGGCUUCCGCCUGCCUAUCGACAAUCCGGCUCCUCUGACGAUGGGCGGGCUGGAGUACGGCGGGAUGCUUUGA